UAGUGAGCGCAGCACAUGCAGCUGUUGAAGAAGCUUAUUUUCAACGCCAAACCAAACCCCAUCCAUCAUUUUCUUCUCUCAUUCUAUUCUCUCCCCAUUCAUCUACCCAUUCCAUUCUCUACCCUAAAUCAUGAUAUUGAUUGAUGGCCUUCCAUUCUCUACCCAUUCAUCUUCAACGUCCACAUCCCAUUCUCAGGGAGUAGAUAUUCUACUUGCUUUGUUGAAAAAUCCCAUUCUGGUAUCUGCCUCAAGCUCUUUGAAGGAAAAUCCAGAGAGGAAGUUCUCGGCAUCUGAGGAGUCUACUCCAGAGAGAUCAAAAUGGGUUUAUUUAUUCCAAAGAGAAUAUGCUACUGUUGAUCCAGCAUUUGUCAAUUUUGUUGGCACUGAUGAAGCGACAACGUGUGUAGGAGUUGUUAUUCGAAACCCAAAGAAUGGAAUGACAUCGGUUUCCCAUAUGGAUUCACCAAAGGUUGUAGAAACAGGCCUCUCUCAAAUGUUAUCACUACUUGUUGACGGCAGUUUGGAGACUGAGUUUGAUGUGCAUCUAAUUGGAGGUUUUGAAGAAGUCUCACCACAACAUGAUAAUGGUGGCGAUGUGUCAGAAAGUGAUGCAGAUUUGGAUAGUUAUUCCCUUCCUUUGUGCUCAAAGAUUGUUCACACUUUAUGGUCAAGAGAGGAGAAGUUUCACAUUCGAACUACCUGUGUUCUUGGACAUAAUACCAAAAGGGAUUCUGAAGGAAACACUUAUCCUAUUUUUAAUGGAUUUGUGGUGGAGACUGCAACAGGAACUGUCAUCCCUGCAUGUUUUGAUAGAAGUUCUAGAUGCCCAGAUGAAAUUGUCAGAAGAAUACGAGUUUCUGCUUCUUAUGAAGAUACUAGUUGGAAUGGGAAGUUGCUAGCGACAUAUGACACUGCUACCGACUGCUUCAAAAUUGCUCCUUGUUCCUGGACUCGGCGCCAAUAUCAAAUUGCUUUGUCACUUCAGCAUUAUUCUGAUUCAGAAAUUCUUUCAAUCUGUUCUACCUCGCCUACUGCUGAGGGCCCAGAUUUUGUGGAUAAUUUAAGAAGGCAGUGGAACUACUUGAUUGAGCAUCCACAUUGGAUGGAAACCUUUCCCAAGAAGCAACCUCGCAUUUUUACAAGGAGUGCUGAUGGAAGGUGGAAAAAGUGUUGAUGAUGUUUUAUCGUUACUUGGCUAACAUUAUUCAAGACAUGAAUGAAGUUUGUCUCGUCUCAAAAGGGACAUUUGCUCACAUGCUAUCCGGUAGCAUGCAUCAAGCUUUCUAUGCUGAAAAUGCAUUUUAGCCAAUUAGGAAACUGCAGAUCUUAAGGGAAUUAAUAAAGUUUUCCUGAACAUUUGAAUUUUGAGUUUAUAAUAUGAUCAUAGUAGUUACGAGUGAAAUAUAAGACUGUCAAUAGUAAAAUAUAAGACUGCAUUGACAGGUCACCUCACACCUCCUCUUAGACCGUCUUCAAUGCUUCUUUCUUCUUACAUUUUAAGGAGCUUCAAUAAUGGUUCGUAAAUUUUUGCAGUGUUGAUUGAAGGAGCUUGAAAUAGCAAUCAUAGUGCAGAGUCUGUUCAAUAAAAA